AUGGACUACCAAACAUGUGUCCUAAUUAAUUGGCCUUUUCUUAUUCUCAACAUUGUGGCCAAUGCAUUCUACAUCUUUUGCAUGCUCCGUCCACUCCAUGGAGAAAGGAUCAAGCAACCUCUGAAGCUUCUCCUGGGGUCCUUGAUUUGCUGUACAGCUGCUUACCAGAUGUCGGUUAUGAUGCUGUUCUUUUCUAACCUCACAACUAACAACGGGAAUCUCAUGCGAGCCUCAUAUGUGAUGUCAGUCUGCACUUUGACCACCAGUAUGACCUCCUCCGCCUGGCUGAACUUCUUUUACUACACCCAGAUUGUACCUGCCCAGCGAGCGCUCUUCAUCUGGAUUAAGAAGAAUAUCAAACCCAUCAUCUACUGCAUUUGGCUCAUUGAGAGAAUACUCAAUUUGUCUGACUUUACUGUCAUGUUUUUAAACAAUUCUUUUGUUGGCUUUGAAUUCAGUAACAAUUUCUCAACGGACCAUGAUCAGCAUCUGUCUACAAGCGAUUACUUGCCUUGGCUAGCAGCUAUGUAUACCAUUCAGGUUUCCAUAAGGGAGGCCCACUUCUUUUUCUGCCUGGCUGUUAUGGGGAUUUCGAGUGGUUCUACUCUAGUCUACCUGUGCAGACACAUGCGGCGUAUGGUAGCAAUUGGACAGCCCUUCUGCUGCUCCCGCCUCAGUGGUCAGGUGAGGGUCACCAUCACUGGCAUCCUGCAGGGAGUCCUGUAUGUGGUCUGUGCUGUGUGGAGUGUGUGCAUCUUUCUUUCUCAGCAGAUGCCCUCUCCAUUCAUCAGUCCAUAUAUCAGUUUCACUGUCAUUAAUGUGUACAUGACAGGCACCACGUUCAACCUGGGAGCGGGUCAGACUGUAUUCAGACUGAGAGCAGCAGACUUCUGGAUCAGAGCAACUCAGUGGUGCAAAGCGCCUGAAGUACAACAGUCUGAACGAGGAGGAUGA